UCCAGAUGAACAUCGCACAGCAACGCACGGAGAUCACAUUGCAGAAGCUAGCUGCUAGAGCUACUAUAUAGCCUUUGCAUCCUCUCGCUCGCUGCUAAACACACGUUUAAUUUGUUCCAGUUUGCAUGCUCAAACUAACAGAGCGAACACAUCAAUACAUCAUCACUUUACACAAGAUCAGAUCAGGAGAGCUGAUCGAGCUCUAGCUCUGCUGCAUGCCCCUUGGACAGCGUUCGAAGAUGGGCGGUGUAGCUAAGAUGCCGGCAGCAGGCCGGCUCAGCUGGUUAUUACUGCUAGGCGUGGUGUUAGCUUUUGGAGUUGCAGCUAGCCCGGCGCAGGCUGCCAGGAAUACUCACUACGACUUCGUUAUCAAGGAGACUAAGGUCACCCGGCUCUGCCAGGAGAAGACCAUCCUGGCCGUGAACGGGCAGUUCCCCGGGCCGACCAUCUACGCGCGCAAGGACGACGUGGUCAUCGUCAACGUGUACAACCAGGGCAACAAGAACAUCACCCUCCACUGGCACGGCGUGGACCAGCCCCGGAACCCGUGGUCCGACGGGCCGGAGUACAUCACGCAGUGCCCCAUCCAGCCGGGUGCCAACUUCACCUACAAGAUCAUCUUCACCGAGGAGGAGGGCACGCUGUGGUGGCAUGCGCACAGCGACUUCGACCGCGCCACUGUGCACGGCGCCAUCGUCAUCCACCCCAAGCGUGGCUCCGUCUACCCCUACACAAAACCGCACAAAGAGAUACCCAUCAUCCUCGGUGAGUGGUGGAAUGCAGACGUGGAGCAAGUUCUCCUGGAGUCCCAGCGGACCGGCGGCGACGUCCAGCUUUCGGACGCCAACACCAUCAACGGCCAGCCCGGUGACUUCGCCCCGUGCUCCAAGAAUGACACCUUCAGGAUGUUCGUGGAGCACGACAAGACGUACCUGCUACGGGUCAUCAACGCGGGGCUAACCAACGAGAUGUUCUUCGCCAUCGCUGGGCACCGCCUCACGGUGGUCGGCACUGACGGCCGCUACCUCAAGCCGUUCACCGUCGACUACAUCAUGAUCUCCCCCGGACAGACCAUGAACAUGCUCCUCGAGGCCAACCGCCCCACCAACGGCUCAGCCAACAGCUGCUACUACAUGGCCGCGAGACCAUUCUUCACCAACAUCGGACUCCCAGUCAAUGAUAAAAACACCACGGCCAUUCUGGAGUACACGGACGUGUCGCCCUCUGUGGGGCCACCGGACUCCCCCUACCUGCCGGUCAUCAAUGACACCGCCGCAGCGACAGCGUACACAGUGCAGCUCCGGUCCCUAGUCACCAAGGAGCACCCGAUCGACGUGCCAAUGGAGGUCGACGAGCACAUGCUCGUGACAAUCUCCAUCAACACGCUCCCCUGUGGUGCCAAUGAGACAUGUGAAGGCCCCGGAAAUGGCCGCCUUGCGGCGAGUCUGAACAACGUCAGCUUCAUGCCGCCGACUAUCGACAUCCUCGAUGCCUACUAUUACUCCAUUAGCGGUGUGUAUGAGCCGGACUUCCCCAACAAGCCGCCUUUCUUCUUCAACUUCACCGCUUCAGACCCACCAGUGGAGUUCCAGCUCACGAAGCGGGGCACCAAGGUGAAGGUGGUGGAGUACGGCACCGUGGUGGAGGUGGUGUUCCAAGACACGGCCAUCCUUGGUGCCGAGAGCCACCCCAUGCAUCUGCAUGGCUUCAGCUUUUACGUGGUGGGCCGAGGCUUCGGUAACUUUGACAAGGACAAGGACCCAACAACGUACAACUUGGUCGACCCGCCGUACCAGAACACCGUCUCCGUGCCCACGGGCGGCUGGGCUGCAAUACGCUUCCGUGCGUCAAAUCCUGGUGUGUGGUAUAUGCAUUGCCACUUCGAUCGUCACACGGCGUGGGGCAUGGACACUGUAUUCAUCGUGAAAAAUGGCAAGACCCCAGGCGCUCAAAUGAUGCCACGUCCUCCUAACAUGCCUAUGUGCUAAGGAAACAAAGGCAUGAGCCAUGGAUGACUGCGUUGCAUGCAAAACAGUCGAGCAAAAAUAAUUAAUCUCAGUUGAUUGGUUGAUUUAAUUAUUUGCCGUACAUAUUUUAAGUAGACUGUUUCUUCUGAUCAGUUGAGAUGAAGAGAGAAAAUUAUAUUUAUUGUAUUCAUUAUUUGUGUUGGUUUACUCCUGGUGCAAUCUUUAAAAAGUGUAAUUAAACAAUGUAAGUUACGGGGAGCUAUAUAUAUAUUUUUAUCCCGUGAAGAUUCAAUAUAAA